AUGAGAGACGAGUGCGGCAGAAUCGGAGUCUGCGAGCCAAUAAGAAUCGAGUACAGGAGAAUCGGGACAUGCGACCCAAUCAGAGACGUCGUCGGGACCUGCGAUCCAAUGAGAGGGCUAAAAAAGGAAUCAAAAAGAGAGGGUACAAAUGAAUGGAGAGUGGGGAUUCCGGCUAUAAAAAGAGCAACGCACAAGGACCGUGAUCAGUACGCAGUCAAUCUUCAAGAAGUUAUCAAAUCACUUCAACAGCAGCAGAACGAGAUGAUUGAGUCCAGCGGUCCGGAGCGAAAGAAAUUUCGAAAGGAGAAGGAUGGUUCGGAGUUACCAUCAUCAACAUUAUCGUCCUCCUCCUCCACCUCAGCGUCAUCGUCAUCCGGGACAGUGUCUACUUCAUCAUCGAUAAGGAAGGCGACCAAACUAGACGAACUGACACCGCCAACAAAACGUUCGCCGAGAAAGUUACAACCCAAGGUAGAAAUAAUGAUUAAGGCUGAGACACCAUCAGCUGUGAUCCCGCACAAACCAGUGCAGCCACAAGACAAGAAACGGAAGGAACUGGAGAAAAGGGAGCUGAAGACAGUUGAAGAGAAGCCACCCAGAGAAAGAAAAAAUGAAAAAGAAGUCUUGACACAUGCAAAGAGGGAUACUAGAAAAGAAUCAGCAAAUUCAUCGUCGCCAGUCACGAAUACAGUACAGGCAGCCAAGACGCCCAGUGAAGGCGCAGAGGAGAAGAAGCCAUCUACCAGAAGGGACAAAAUCAGAGAUCGCAGAGACAGCCGGGAACAUGAGCGGUACAAAGAAAGGCGACAUCAGGGGUAUCAUUCGAGAGAUUUAAUGGCCAAUCCGCAAUAA